UAGUCCGCUUUUUUACUAGUCAACGUUUUACUAGUCCGCAUUUUACUAGUCCGCGUUUUACUAGUUACGUUUACGUUCUGAAAAGCCACCUAAAUAUUGUCAGGCAUAGAUGAGCUAAAACAAAACUAGAAACGAUAUUAAUGCAAAUGAAGUGUCCAUCAGUCAGAAAUUUCCGCGGAGAAGUAGUUCAACUGUUAAUCAGACAAUCCUCAAAUAAAAUAUGGAACAUUUACAACCUUUUAGACGACACAAGCAUCUUGUGGAAAAGGUAAAGGGGAUAUCCUAACUUUAAAAUCGGAAUAUUAUUUAGGAAUACUUAAUUUUCUUUGCAUUUAAACCCAAUAUGUUUAAAAAAGCUGAUGUACCAAUCGUUGAUUCUAAUACUCUUUAAAAAUUUAUAUAUAUUAGAGUUCCAGUGCGCGCAGCACGUUAGUGUUGUUCCAUAUGCAAGAAAAUAAGAUAUCCCAUCGAUCUGCAUGAAAUGUGAGGACGUGACGUGGAGAUUGAUGCGGUUCGUUGAAUACCAUUUACAAAAUAUAACUUCCAAGUUCAUAUUUGUCUCCGACGUUAGGUUUCAAUGGUAACUUUAGCUUCAUUCAAAUCAGAACUGAAAAUAAAUCUCAAACGCAGUUGACUCCAUUGCGUGGCACGGGCUGAAGAAAAAUGAUAGUAAUUAAAAGAAAACAAACAAACUUCAAAUGCUGACUAGAGAUGUAGCCUCUCCAAUUACGAGUAGGCUUCGGUUUCUUAAGUGCUAUUUUUCAGUGUUCGCUAAACUCCAUAUAUGUUAAUGAGUUUAGUCAUUCUCUAUAAAAUUCCUAAUUGUCAUCCUUCUUUCGUAAUCCUCCCAACGCACGAAUCAGGGACAGCAAGUUGCACACCAGCCCAAGAUUAAUACUUAAGAAAUUCGGGCCAAUAUCCAUUCUCCACUUUUCGGUGUGUGAGAUUAAAUCGCAGUUUACCCUUAUUUGACGAUGAUAUCGUUUCGUGUGGCUCUGCUUGUAACGAUCGCUUUGUAUCAAAUAGCCAGUGACGAUUUUUGGUCGCAAUGUAGAUGUUGUGCCACAGCCGAACAGGAGACAGUGGCUGAAAAGGAUGAAGUAAAGCGUAAAACUAAAUCUGCUGUAGAAAUUGCCCUUCGCAAAGUCGCAGGUGUCGAGCAACAGCUUCAAGAACGGAAUGGUCAAUGUGACAAGGUUGAUCUACUGAACAUAACUUUUGACGAAAGGAGAUGGAAGCAAGAAGCUCUUUUGACGGUGCAAGUGGCUAACCUUAUGACAUCGCUGUGGCGCUCGCGGGGAAAAGACGGUAAUCCCAUUGCAGCUAAUGACGUACUUCUGUACCACUAUGUGCGCUCAAUCGUUUUAUUUUCGCCAUCUGUCUUCGGUUCGGUGAUCUGCUUUGAUAACUAUUUGUACAAGAAUUACACACGCUUUUGUCCCUUUGCGUUCAGGGAUCCCGAGCUAAACAAAAGCGUUCAUGUCAUAGAUAUAGUUGCGGAUAACGAAGGAUACGACUACACGACGGACAAAAAUGCGGUUUGGUGGCACAAACCUAAAAAUAAAGCACUUGGUUUCCGUCCCAAGAGCAUCACAAGCUAUUACGAAGUACGAUACAACUUAACCCACACGCAAAAGCUGAAAAAAAAGGUCUUUCCUCAUGUGACAUUUGAAGAUGGGGCAUGGACACGACCUUAUUUCGACUGCUUUGGGGGAAAAGUUUGGAUGGUGACCUAUCUGGCCCCAUUCUACAACGAAACAGAUGACUUCCUGGGAGUAGUCAGUAUUGAUGUGGUACUUAGUGACAUUGACAUCAAUCAAUGUGACGAGCGGGAGUCGUCUGGAUCUGAUGAAGGAGAUGGGAAUGGACUUGGAUAUGCAUCGGGGAAUUUAGUGGAAUUCAUGGGCACUCAUCUCUGCAAGAAAUCAACUGAGUGUCACGCAAUCAAGAAUCAAGGAUUAAAGCGAGGGAGCUACAUAUGCACAUGUAAGCGAGGCUUUUACUUCCCGGACAGUCAGGCGUCUGUGAAGGUUUUUAACGGAACCCUCAUUGAGCUCGAACACGAUCGACACCUACGGGGCGACCCAAACUCUUACGAUGAAGACUUCGAAUGCAUUCCAUGCAGCGUUGGAUGCGACGAGUGUGUUGAUGACAGACCAUGCGUUUACAGCUCUAAUAUUUAUAUUCGUUUGACGCUGUUUGCUCUAAAUGCACUUGUUAUCUGUGUGGCUGUGGUGUUUGCUGUAUACGUGUGUAUACACUGGAAGGAAAGGAUUUUCAAGGCUUCUAGCCCGCGCUUCAUGGAAAUAAUAUCGUUGGGCACUAUGUUAAUGUACUCAAUGCUCAUCGUUUCAUAUUUCGAACCGACAACCCUUCGUUGUAUUGCAAGACCUUGGUUGCGUCAUAUUGGAUUUGUCCUGGUGUAUGGAUCGUUGGCGCUGAAAACAUGGAGGGUGGCAUUAAUAUUUCGAGUGCGCUCGGCCCAGAAGCUCGCUUUAUCAGACGGAGUACUGCUGAGGCGCCUGGGUCUAUUGGUGCUUUUAUACUCCGCUUAUCUCUCUGUAUGGAGUGCAAUGGCGCCACCAGACAUUGAAGUGGUGAGGACAUCCGAUGACCUGAAGUAUACACGCUGUGUAGAGAAUUGGUUUAACUUUACAAUCGUAUUCGCCGGGGACAUUGCGGUGUUGAUUUGGGGGAUGUGGCUCUGUUACAAGAUCAGAAAUGCACCAGCAGCUUACAACGAGAGCAAGUACAUCAGUUGGGCCAUUUAUAACGCCAUGUUCGUCACCAGUUUCCUUAUGGUAGUAAGGAUCACGACGAAAAGAACAACCAACCCAGACAUGAUGUAUGCUCUGGACUUUGUUCUGAUUCACAUGGACUGUUCCACUGUGUUAAUUCUGAUGUUCAUCCACAAGUUUUUGUUGCUACGCCAAAUGCAAAGAUCAGUGAAUAACACGGUUCCAUCCAACAAUAACAACAUACUUGUACCGGACGACGAGAUUGUUGUAAAAAGAAUGCCCCCUAAUCAAGAGGACUUAUUGAUAAAAGAGAACCAAGUGUUGAAGGACGAGAUGCGGCGACUGAGUGAAAAACUGGCUGUUCUUCAGUCUCGCCUUAUGACAGAUGACAACCAUCCAAUAGAUAAUAUAACCUCUGGCCGUCGACAGAGUGCUUUCACCAUACCCACUACAGAUACAAGAAAAGAUCUGAAAGAUAAACGACUGUCAUUACAGCUGCCGCCAUCACAGCUGCCUAACUGCGAACGAGACAAGGAAAAGUUUCCCCAGAAUCUGACACCCGAAGUUAUUGAAAAUCAGUGCGUGAGUUUUUCACCACAGGAGCUGAAUCCGGCAUCAUCUUCAUCAUCCUCCCUCCAUUCGGUUUCCGGGAAACGCAGAGAGGUUUCCCAGCAAAACUUAACACCAUGAAUCUCAGUUACGGUUAACUUUGUGCUUAAAUACCUGUCAGAGUGCCUCGCAAAACCAACAGUUCUGAACCUUUGUUAAAAAGCUCACUGAUUAGAGAUUUCUUUCUAUUGGAACAGUUUUCGACUGAGUGUCCUAAAACCAAAACCGAAUUAACCACAGAGGCCGAUCGGAAGAAAUGAAAAUACCACUAAGAGCCAAUGAGAACUCAACGUAACUUAAACUGACCAAACUGCUUGAAG